UCCUUCGCGUUUGACGGAAGUAAGAAACUCUCACACCGUCGGUGUUGCUGUUUGUCAACUAUGUCGAGGAACUUGAACGCAAAGAUAGUUAUAAUAGGAAGCGGCAUAUCUGGGAUAGCGGCAGCGGACAGGCUCGUUAAAGCUGGAUAUAAUCAUGUGAGGAUACUUGAAGCGACUUCAAGAAGCGGAGGACGAAUCAAAACAGGCAAACUGGGUGAUAGUAUCGUUGAGAUCGGAGCAAACUGGAUCCAUGGGCCAUCCGAGGAGAACCCGAUAUUUUGUCUGGCUCGAAAGUAUGGGCUUUUGGAUCCAGAGGCCCUCACCCCAGAAAACCAAGCCAUCGAUAUCGGAGGACAUCCGCCUUGGACUUCCAAUGUGUUCAGCAGCUCAGGUCAGAAGCUGAAUGUGGAGGACUACUCUCCGGCUCUGGAGAUGUUUGCUGAGCUGCUGAAUGAAAGUGCAGAAUUUCAGAAUCAAAAAGGAGAACCGUGUGCCAGUGUGGGAGAUUUCAUACGUGCAGAGGUAAAGCAAAAAGCAGCAGAGAAAUGGAAAGACGUCGACCCAGCCACCAGGUCUUUGCAGCUGUGUGUGAUCAGUAACAUGUUGAAGGUGGAGUGCUGUGUUAAUGGGAGCCACAGCAUGGAUGAGGUGGGUCUUGGUGCCUUUGGGCAAUAUAAGACUCUACCUGGACUGGACUGUACAUUCCCACGAGGUUAUGAAGGUCUGAUCAAAAACUUGAUGUCAGAGCUCCCGGAUGGUUUAGUGACCUACAAUCGGCCUGUGCGGUGUGUUCACUGGAAUAACGCUUUGAAAGGAGAAAACCCAGUAACUGUUCAAUGUGAUGAUGGAGAGAAGAUCGUCGCUGAUCAUGUUAUCGUCACAGUGCCUUUAGGAUACUUAAAGAAGCACCAUUCGACCCUGUUCCAACCACCUCUCCCUCUACACAAACUGCACUCCAUCCACAGGCUCGGUUUUGGAACAAACAAUAAAAUUUUUGUGGAGUUUGAUGAACCGUGGUGGGAUCCUGACUGUGAAGUGAUUUAUCUGGUGUGGGAAGAUGAGGAGUCUAUGGUGGAUCAGGUGCCAGACGUACAGAGAUCCUGGAUAAAGAAGUUGUUUGGUUUCACUGUACUCAAACCCACUGAAAGGUAUGGCCACCUUCUGUGUGGCUGGAUUGCAGGACACGAGUCGGAGUACAUGGAAACGCUGUCUGAACAGGACGUCACACAUGACGUCACGCAACUCGUUCGCAGGUUCACAGGGAACCCUACCAUCACUCCACGGAGAACCCUGCGCUCCCAGUGGUUCCAUGACAUCUGGACAUGCGGCUCCUACAGCCACAUCGGAAAAGGCUGCUCAGAACAGGACCUGGACAACAUGAUGGAGCCACUCCCACCGAAGGGAUCACAGUCACAACCCCUGCAGGUUUUGUUCGCUGGGGAGGCGACUCAUCCUUGCUACUUCUCUACCGUCCAUGGAGCGCUUCUCACCGGAUUGAGAGAAGCUGACAGACUCAUCUCUCACUACUCCUCCGUUAAUCCAUCCAAGCUUCCCAUGUCAAAGCUUUAAAACAUCUAUGUGUCUGUGUCACGAAAGGAUGAAUCAUUUGAGAAAUGAGACUUCUGUUUGCGUAUGAUCAUUGAUAAACAUAUUACAAACAAACAAUGGAAUCCAAGCCAAUUUGGAUAAUUGAUUAGAAACUGCUCUGUAUUCAAAUAACUUGCUCAUGGUGUAAUGCUGCUGGGUUUAGGACAUGAUCUGCCAUAAAAUACAAAUGGACAUCACUUAUCAUCCAGGCCUUUUUUAAUGAAAUGCAUGGAAGAUACAUUUUCAUAUUUAAUAAUGUAUUAAAUAGGCACUUUUGUACACUUUCCAAAGAACACAAUUCCUGAUUAUACAUAACUAAUGUAAGUUAACAUUGACUUUGGGGUGUCUCUGUUUUAAUACUUACUGAAUUCUCAAUGCUUUCCUUUUUGCCACUUUGAUUUUUUUUAUUAAUUUUUUUAUUAAUGAAUUGUAAUUACUAGUGAAUAAAUGAUGCAUCUAUUG